CUGUUUGAGCUCGAGGCUCGAUUUGGGUUGAGGAGAGUGACCCGACGAGCCUUUGAUGUUUUCCCACUGGAAUCUAUCCUUGGAUUGAAUUGGAUCUUUGUUUGACCGUGCAUGUGGGCUUCGCUCGGUAAAGUUCGAUCUUUGAAGUUACUUGUGGAGGUUCCUUCUAUCAGUUGGCGUAGUUAUUUAAGUAGAUGUUGUGGAUGUAGCUAACUUACAGAAACUAGUGCCUGUUUGUCUGCUUUCCUCUUCGUUUGCUCUCUCUCUUUCUUCAUCAUCCUCCCGUCGCUUCCAAUUCCCUGAUCCCGUGUUGGUUUCUAGUUGGAAUUAGGUUAGCACUGGGGAAGGUGGGAUCUUGUGAUUUUUGUUGAAUCAGAGGCGAAAGUUCGCAGCUUUCUUCGAAUUCUAUCGAAAUCUUCUUGGUUCAUGGGCUCUGCUAGCCACUACUGCAAUUUUGGAAAAGAGAUCUACAUGGCGAAUUAGGGUUUCUGCGUUUCUGUUCCCAAUUAGAAACACAUGAAUAGUUCUCUCCUCCGUUCUUCAUGGGUUCUUCAAUUUCUCCGUUCCUUCGGUUACAGUACUUGAUUUCUUCUUCCGGGCAAGAUCAUAGUUGAUAUUUCUCCUUUUCUUCUGUUUUCACCCAAUUCUAUCCACCCAAAUCCCCCAAUUUGAUCCCGGUGACAUCAGGAUGAGGGAUUUCCCUUCCUGUUUCGGUGAAAGCGGAGUUCAAGUUUCAGAUGCCUCAUCUAAUUCCAGCAAAACUUCUCAGAAUCUAGUUACCUGCAUCUACAGCACUCAUCUCUGUGGCACCUCUUGUAUGAUCUCCAUCACAUGGAGCAAGAACAUAAUGGGCCAGUGUCUCAGCAUCGGAGUUGAUGAUUCGAACAACCAAUCUCUCUGCAAGGUGGAUAUAAAGCCAUGGCUGUUCUCCAAAAGAAAAGGUUCCAAGAGCACUGAAGCGGACAACACCAAGGUAGAUGUCUUCUGGGAUCUCUCUAAUGCAAAGUUUGGCUCUGGACCUGAACCAGUAGAAGGAUUCUAUGUUGCAGUUCUUUUUGAUUUUCACAUAGUUCUUCUUCUUGGUGAUCUACUCAAAGAGGCAUAUCGAAAGACCAAUGCAGGUCCACCUCCUCAUAAUGCCACCUUCAUAGCCAAGAAGGAACACAUAUUUGGUAAGAAGAUAUACUGCACAAAGGCUCAAUUCUGCGACAGAGGUCAAGCUCAUGAUUUGAUGAUAGAAUGUGAGACAAUUGGGUUGAAGGAUCCAUGCCUUGUGAUCCGCGUUGAUAAGAAGAGGGUGAUGGUGGUGAAGAGGCUCCUAUGGAAAUUUAGAGGAAAUCAGACAAUUCUUGUUGAUGGAUUGCCUGUUGAGGUGUUCUGGGAUGUGCACAACUGGCUUUUUGAUUCAUCCAUGGGAAAUGCAGUCUUUAUGUUCCAAACAUGUGCUUCAAAUGAGAAAUCUUUGAUGUGGGGUUCCUCCCAAAUGUUGACUGAACCUCAGCUCUGGCGACUAGGGUUUUCGUUGAUUUUGUAUGCUUGGAAGAGUGAAUAGGUUUGUCUGUGCAUGGCUUAUAGAGUUUUCGCACCAAAAAGAAUCCAAUGGUGUGUCAUUUCUCUUAAUAUUGUGAGCAAAAUUUUCAUUAAGCUUAGACUUUUACUCCUUGUUCUUCAGUAUAUUUGGUUAUAUUGAACUAUAUAAAGUAUGGAAAAAUCGUGUUGUGCGUGUGCUUUAGCUUAAAUUUGGAGUAGAUCUAAUCUUGUAAUUUAGAUUUUCUGAAGAAUGAAGGAGAUAAAGUUUAAAAUAA